AUGAAUGAGAGGAGAAAAGUAUAUCUUCUCUAUCGCUUAUCGCUUCGUGGUAUUCUUGAAUCUGAAAAACUAGUCGGAGCCAAUUAUGAUGAUUGGUACCACAACUUGAGAAUUGUUCUCAUGCAUGAGAAGCUUAUUGACACUAUUGAUAAGCCUCCCAUGGAAGCACUUGAUCUGAGUGAUGCUGAAGCAACCAAGGUUUUUCAAAAGUACCUAGAUGAGUGCCUUACUACUAAGUGCAUUAUCUUGGCAUCAAUGAGUUCAGAACUCCAGAGGCAACACCAAGACAUGGACCCAUAUGAGAUCAUCGAACAUCUUAAGAAGAUGUACGGUGGUCAAAGCAAGACGGCUAGAUUUCAGUUAUCUAAGGCCCUGAUUAGAUCCUCACUUGUUGCAAAUGAAAAAGUUAGACCUCAUGUUCUUAAGAUGAUUGAUCUCAUAGAACAACUUGAGAAGUUGGGGUGCACUCUUGGGAAAGAGCUUUCUCAAGAUUUGAUUUUGCAAUCACUUUCUGAUUCAUUUUCAUAA